UCAUGAAAUAUUCCCAGAAUGUACUAAAAUCAAUUUUUCUUUAUGUAAAAUACGAUAAUUGAUAAAAAUAUCUAAUCUAUUUGAUUUAAUAUUUUUUAUAAUCUAAUAAAAUUGAUUUUCAUUCGUAUAAAUCAAAAUAAUCGUUUUUUGUACCUAAAAUGUAAUAGAUAAUCUAAUAACUAAGUGUUGUAACAAUUUUAAAUACACAUACGAUAUCGAUUGAUAUUGAUCUGUUUUUUCUUCAAAUUUUUCGUUACAUAGAUACAAAAUAAUAGUUAUUUUAAUAGCAACAAAUUCUUAGCUGCGAUAGGCAUGUCUACGAUUAGAUUUAACUUCAUGAAAGAUUUUUCAAUAUAAAAAAUCUAAUUAUUAAAUUUUCUUUUAGCUUAAAAGUGUAAUGGUCGUUGAAUUUUCUCUUAUUUCUUCUCCAUCAAAAUCUGUUACAUUUUCAUAUUCAUCUACAUUUGAUCCACUUAAUCAAACACAUAAUCCUGAAAUAAUAUGUACAGGUGGUGGUGGAGUUGAAAUUGAUGUUGAAUUUACAUUUAAUUCUAAAGUAUCUACAUCAUCAAUGCAUGUUUAUGAAGGCGUCUUAUUGAGUCGAGAUGAUCGUAAUCGAUCUAUUUACAUAACAAUUUGCACUCAACAAUCAAAUGAAACAUUACAAACAAUUACAUUAUCAUCAUCAUCAAUACAAUUAAUUUCAACAUUAGCUAGUAGUAUUGAUUUUGGACCAGAUCCGAUUGAUCAAAUGACAGUUACACUUGAAGCAAUAAAUCGUUUUGAUGAAGCUAUAACUAAACGAAAUGUUUUAUUUCAAGAACAUGUUCAUGCAUGGAAAAAACUAUGGACAUCUGGUAUUGAUAUUGAACCCUUAGAAAACCAUCCAUUUGUGUUACCAAAAAUUAUAAUGGAUACAGAUAAAAAUCAUGAAAAUGAUACAGUUAUAACAACAUUUUCACGAUCAUUAGAUAUUGCACAACAUAUUAAUAGUUCAAUGUAUUAUUUAUUGUCUAGUUCACGUGAUGAUUGGCCAUAUGGUAUUAGUCCAGGUGGAUUAGCAUCACAAUCUUAUUCGGGUGCUAUAUUUUUCGAUAUGGAUUGGUAUAUGAUGCCUGCUCUUUUACCAUUCUAUCCAUCACAUGCAGCAAAUAUUCUUCGUUUUCGAUAUAAUAGUUUAGAAGAAUCAAAUAAUAUUGCAAAAAUCUUUGGCUAUAAUGGAUCGAUGUUUGCAUGGACUGCAUCAUAUUUUGGUCGACCACAAGGUUGUUGUGAUGGAAAAGGUGGUUGGGAAAAUUGUAUAGAACAACAUAUUACCGGUGAUGUAGCAGUUGCUGUACAAAUGUAUUAUUAUGCAACAAAAGAUAAAUUAUGGUUACAAAAUAUUGGUUGGCCACUUUUACGUGACAUUGCUCGAUUUUGGUCAAGUCGAAUAACAAAAACAAAUAAUAUAACAUAUUCAAUUGAUGGAAUAAUGCCUGUUGAUGAAUGGUGUGAUAAUACACAAUCAAAAUGUGGUGAUGUUGGUGUUAAUAAUGCAAUACAAACGAAUGCAGUUGCUGUUGUAUCAUUAAUAUUUGCAACUGAAGUCGGAAAUAUGUUUGGAUUUGAUGUUGAUCCAGAAUGGAUUCAAACAGCAAAAAAAUUAAAAAUAAAUUUUAAUUCUACAACUCAAACACAUAUACAAUGGGAUAAUGCUGUAGCACCGUCAUCACCACAUACAUAUGUCUGUCCUGAAGAUGUUUUAUAUUUAACUUAUCCAAUGAAUUUUAAUGUCACACCAGAAAUAAUAAGAAAUGAUGCUGAAACAUUCAUUCCAAUAACAUGUCAAGAAAAUGCUGGUAUGACAGCUCCUAUUCAUUCAAUUGUAUGGCUUCAAUUAAAUGAAACAUUAAAAGCGGAAGGAGAAUUUAAUCGAUCGUUACAAGCUUGUACAUACGGAGAAUUUCAUGUUCGAAAUGAAGUCGAUAUUCAUGAAGAUAUUAUUGGAGGACAUGGAUUUAAUACUCAUUUUCUUACGGGUGAUGGUGGUUUUAUUCAAGCAGUCAUGAUGGGCUAUGCUGGUCUUCGUUAUGAUGACAAAAGUCUUUUAUUUAAUCCAUUACCAGGCAUUAUUACACCUGCAACAAAAAGUAUUCGAUUACGAAAUAUUCUCAUUCAAAGAACUUAUCCUUUUGAUUACACAAUUGAUGAAUCUGCUGUUCAUUUUAUAUGUUCUAAUUUAUAUGAAAAUAUUCUCUGUAUUACUGAUAAUGAUAAUAAUCAAUGGAAAAUUACAAGUAAUGAAUUAUCAUUAAAAUUUCAAGAUAUUCAAUUGCCAAUACGAAUUGAUUUAUGCAAUUAA